CGGCGGCUCUGGAGGGAGGCUGGGCGCGAGAUUCGGCCGAGGGGGACAAAACCCUGCAGGAGGCAGCGAGCCUUUGCAGAGAGCUGCUCUCGCUGCGGGGAGCGGCGCCCCCGAGGCGAGGAGGCUGAGAGGCGGAGGGCGGGAGGGGCCGGCGGAGGGCGGGAGCGCGCCUGCUGACAUGUUGGGGGCAUCCCUGACUGGGCUGGUCCGGGGGUAGGAGCGGCGGCGCUUGCAGACCCUGGGGAGAGGUGGGGGGGGGGGGGCGGCGGCUGUGUGUGUCUUGUCCGCCCCUCCGUCCUGCCCCGGCCGGCCGGGGACGUGCGUUCCGCGGCGCGGCGGCCCGGGAGAGGGAGCCCGGGGAAUCAGCGGGCGGGAGGGUCCGGGGAGGGGAAAAAAAGCAGCAUUCGCCUGAGGCUGGAGGAGGCUGACCUGCGUCCCCGCCCAGCCCGCGCCUAUGCGGUACUCGAAGGAUGGCGAAGAGGUCGCGCAGUGAGGAUGAGGAUGAUGACCUUCAGUAUGCUGAUCAUGAUUAUGAAGUACCCCAACAAAAAGGAUUAAAGAAACUCUGGAACAGAGUAAAAUGGACAAGAGAUGAGGAUGAUAAGCUAAAGAAGUUGGUUGAGCAACAUGGAACUGACGAUUGGACUCUAAUUUCUAGUCAUCUUCAGAAUCGUUCUGAUUUUCAGUGCCAGCAUCGAUGGCAGAAAGUUUUAAAUCCAGAAUUGAUAAAGGGCCCCUGGACUAAAGAAGAAGAUCAGAGGGUUAUUGAAUUAGUUCAGAAAUAUGGCCCAAAAAGAUGGUCUUUGAUUGCAAAACAUUUAAAAGGAAGAAUAGGCAAGCAGUGUAGAGAACGAUGGCAUAAUCAUCUGAAUCCCGAGGUAAAGAAAUCUUCCUGGACAGAAGAGGAGGACAGGAUCAUUUAUGAAGCACAUAAGCGGUUGGGAAAUCGUUGGGCAGAAAUUGCCAAACUACUUCCUGGAAGGACUGAUAACUCUAUUAAAAACCAUUGGAAUUCUACUAUGCGAAGAAAAGUGGAACAGGAGGGCUAUUUACAAGAUGGAAUAAAAUUAGAACGAUCUUCAUCUAAACUCCAACACAAACCUUGUGCGACAAUGGACCAUUUGCAAACCCAGAAUCAAUUUUACAUACCUGUUCAGAUCCCGGGCUAUCAGUAUGUGUCACCUGAAGGCAAUUGUAUAGAACAUGUUCAGACUUCUGCCUUUAUUCAGCAACCCUUUGUUGAUGAAGAUCCUGAUAAGGAAAAAAAAAUAAAGGAACUUGAGUUGCUUCUUAUGUCAGCUGAGAAUGAAGUUAGAAGAAAGCGAGUUCCAUCGCAGCCUGGAAGCUUUUCUAGCUGGUCUGGUAGUUUCCUCAUGGAUGAUAGCACAUCCAAUACUCUAAACAGCCUCGAGGAGCACUCUAGUGAGAUUUACAGUAUGGAUGAAAAUCAGACAAUGGCUGCUCAGCAGAAUUCACCCACAAAGUUCCUGGCCGUGGAGGCAAAUGCUGUGCUGUCCUCUCUACAGACCAUCCCAGAAUUUGCAGAGACUCUAGAACUUAUUGAAUCUGAUCCUGUAGCGUGGAGUGAUGUCACCAGCUUUGAUCUUACUGGUGCCACUGCUUCUCCUGUCAAGUCCACUCCAGUUAAACUGAUGCGAAUUCAGCACAACGAAGGUGCCAUGGAAUGUCAGUUUAAUGUCAGCCUUGUACUUGAAGGGAAAAAAAACAGUUGCAGUGGUGCAGAAAGUGAGGCGGUUCCUUUAACAUCCCCAAAUGUGGCCAAGUUUAGUACUCCACCAACCAUUCUCAGAAAGAAGAGAAGAACACGAAUGGGUCAGUCCCCAGGCAGUGAACUUAGCGAUGGCACGUUCAGCGAUGGCAGUAAUACAGCAUUAAAACACACACCGGUGAAAACACUACCAUUUUCUCCUUCACAGUUUUUUAACACAUGCUCUGGAAAUGAACAAGUUAAUAUAGAGAAUCCUUCAUUUACAUCAACCCCUAUUUGUGGGCAGAAAGUUCUUAUUACAACUCCUCUUCAUAAGGAAACAACUCCCAAAGAUCAAAAGGAAAAUGUAGGGUUUAGAACACCUACGAUUAGAAGAUCUAUAUUGGGUACCACACCAAGAACUCCUACUCCUUUUAAAAAUGCGCUAGCUGCUCAGGAGAAAAAAUAUGGACCGCUAAAAAUUGUGUCACAGCCACUUGCCUUUCUGGAAGAAGAUAUUCGGGAAGUUUUAAAAGAAGAAACUGGAACGGACAUAUUCCUCAAAGAGGAAGAUGAACCUGUUUACAAAAGCUGCAAACAAGAGCAUACUGCUUCCGUGAAGAAAGUCAGAAAAUCACUAGUUUUGGAUAAUUGGGAAAAAGAAGAACCAGGUCCUCAGCUAUUGACUGAAGACAUUCCAGACACACAGUCAGAAAAUAUAUUUACAACAUCUUUAUUAAUGAUACCAUUAUUGGAAAUACAUGACAAUAGGUGCAACUUGACUCCUGAAAAACAAGAUAUAAAUUCAACCAACAAAACAUAUACACUUAAUAAAAAGAAACCAAACCCUAACACUUCCAAAGUUGUCACAUUGGAAAAGAAUCUUCAGUCAAACUGUGAAUGGGAAACAGUGGUUUAUGGGAAGACAGAAGACCAACUCAUCAUGACUGAACAAGCAAGAAGAUACUUGAGCACUUACACAGCUACCAGCAGCACUUCAAGAGCUCUCAUACUGUAAUUGUUAUUAAAGCUGAUGAAAUGCCCCACUCCCUAAGUAUAGCCUAUACUAAAUUAAGUUGCAAUGAAAUUUGUGUCAAUUAAUUGUUUUUAAGGUUUUAAUACAGCCCUAAAACGGUUUGCAUCUUUAUUCAUACUAAGCAGGCAGAAAGCUAAGCCGCUUAAGGGGUAGGAAGUUUUGUAAUUUAUCUUUUAAGAUAUGAGAUUUUUUAAAAUUGUUUUUAAAGAGCAAGAUGGAAAAAAUCAUAUUAGACUGUUUAUGGAUAUUCUAAAAGCAAAUUCUCACAUAUUUUCUUCAGAAGAUAUAUGUUGUUACUCUCUUAAUGCUGCAGUUUCGUUACAGAGUAUGUGUAAUUUCUGAAAUUAGUCUGUAUGGGAAGCACACAUGGUUUUAUGAAGUACUUUUGCCAACGUGCUGAUUUAUUUAGCCUACCAUUUACAAAGAAACACAAUGGAAAGGAAGUUGAAGGAUAGAACGUUGCACUACUAAAUUUUGGUAUUUUUCAAAAACAAUAAAAUUAACUACAGUGUUAAAUGUAUUUAUUUGAGCAUAGUACUGAAAACAAAAUGCAUGGAAAAAGGGUUUUUUAUUUUGUAAAGAGUCAGUAUUUUUUUCAUAAGUCUCAGAAGAUCUGAGAGUUUGUUGAAUGUAUUGUACAGUAUAUUGGAGCAGGAAAACUUUGUAAAUUGGAAAGAAGUCUGUUUUUAUAAUUUAUUUUCAUUUUUAAAGCUUAAAUGUAGAUAUUUAUACCUAUACAGGGUGUCUAGAAGCCAGUGUUGUUUCCUGUUGUUAUAGCUAACAUAAGAACAAUUUUGACUUUUAAGUAUGAAACAAUAAGUUAUAGCUGCAAAGAAUAUAAUAUCUAUACUGUUUGUCACAUCUACCUAAGUAUUGCACUAUGCCCUUUAAAUCAUGUUGGUUACAAAGUAGUUCUAAAAAUGUACUAAAUAAUAAUUUAAUAUUUUUUUUUAAAAUUAUACGGGGAGGGUUCAUAUAAAUUAAUCUGGUAAUUUGUAUAUGUGUUUGAAAUUUUUGCAUUUUGUUUAAAAAAUAAUAUGGUACUUUGGUCCCUAAAAACAGUUUUGCACUUAGAAGUUUGUUAUAUUACUAUAUGUUUCAGAAAUAGAGAACAUUAUCUUUUAUUUAUAAAAAUAUUUUGUCCUUUAAAAAAAUGUUUUGUGUUUCUCUACAGGUUACAACAAUUGCUUCAGUUGCCUGUUUUAGGUGUUUGCACUUAUUUUUCUUCUUGAAAGAAUGUCUUUAUUUGCUUUUUGUGUAGAGAUUUUAUGUAAUAUUUUUGAGACAUGAAAUAGUGUGCUGUCAACUUAAACACUGACAGGUAAAUAGAAUUGUACACUGUAGUUUUAAUUUUUAUUUAUAAUUGACACACUCUCUCCCUCUCCACCCCUGAAGUAUGCUGCUAUGAGAGAAGGAAAGAGCAACCACCACUUCACUGUUUGAAAAGAGAAAAAGCAAAUGAUGGCAGGUUCUCAAGUUAACUUAAUGGAAUCAACCAUUACCAGGCAAAUUCUUGCAAAUACCAAAAUACUAUGCCUUUAAGACAAAAACAGCUUAAGAUUUUCUAACGUCUCCAUGUUAAUAGAAAUGGAAAUACUAAGUAUUUUAAUGCCUAGCUCUUGAAUAGUAGACCUAAUAGAGUUUUAAGCUGUUUAAAUCCACUAGUUCAUUGUUGCAUAUCAGAUGUAGUGAGAAGUGAAGAAAAUGUCUAGUACUAAGAUUAUGCCUUGUUGAUAACAAAUAAAUGGACCAAUUGGAAUCUUCUUAGCAUCUUUGUUAAGUAUGUUGAUUGCUUCCUAAUUAGUGAAUUCUCAUAGAAAUUUCACUUUGUAAAACCAAAUGAUUGUAGCAAAAAUAUACUGGAUCAUUUCAAUUUUAGUUGCCUUGAAUUAAUAGCACAUAAUGGUUCAUUUUUUUGUUUUUUUGCUUUUUUAAUUAUUUUUUAAUUUAUGUAGCCCUUGGAUGUACAUAGUAUCCAAUCACCAAAGUAUAAUAUUUUAGGAGAACUAUAUUUUUUAAAGCAUAAUUUUUCUUAAGCAUUAAAUUACUCCAAAGGUAGCAUAUUGCAAAGAAGCCUGGGAUUAUUGGAUAUAGUACUACUUGGGUUGGUAUUGGUUGAAUCCUUCAGUUAACUGCUUUGUUGCUUUUUGCAAGAACUUUUAAAAUCUUAAGCAUGUCAGGCAUCUUAAGUCACCUUUAUACUGUUGUGAUCAUUUGAAUUUCUUUCGGUAUGUUAUAAAAAUGCCAGACGUACAUGUAGCAGCCAUACUUGCAUGGAAACUAGUACACAUAUAUAAUACUGUAUUUCCUUGUAAGGUUUUCAUAUUAAUACAGCAAUUACCCUGACUAAAUUGAGUUUCUUGAUGUAUUGAAAAACUUUUCAUUGCGAGGGAAUCUUGCUUACAGUGUUGACUAUUAACAUUAGAAAUAAAGCAUUUGUGUACAAGUU